GAAAAAAAAAAAACCAGAGGUGCUACGAGCCAUCGAGCUUUCAAUCUACCAUUACAUCUGGUUCCGACGCCCCCUACUCGAUCCCCUGAUUUUUGGACGCUACAAGUCUUUUCAGCCCGGACCGAAGACUGCAGAAGACGAUGUUCUCUCUUUGAUUUGUCGACGACAUUCGAGCUGCUAUCGCAUACACACUCAUCUACACUUCACGCAAGCAGAUUACCAGUACCAGUUCCCUGUCCGCACCGCCUACCAUGACCACACAGUGUUUCUAUAGAACCGCAUAGGACUCUUGUGUUUGUGAUUUGAUUAUCAUUACAAGGGUCGAAAAUGGAGUACAGGAGGCCGUCGCACUCCGUCGAGGGAGCUCGUCGCUCGAUGUCGAGGAGUCGCUCCCUCCAUCGAAGGGACUCAAUUCAGAGCAACUCGAGUGUAUACGAGGAUGUGGAAAUGGCCCAGGACGAGCUUUAUGACGGUCCCAUUGCCGAGAGCCUACCAACCAGCGUUUCCGCCUUCUCCCACCGCCGCCCCAGAGCAGACUCGACGACAAGCUUUACCUUUCACCAAGUCGAUCCCGAGUUGGACUACGAGGAAGAGGACACGAGUGCAGUAUCCGACGACCUAGAAUCUGGUGAUUUUCGGUUUGGCGAAGAGGACGACGACUCGACUGAUUUCCAUGACGGGAGACCCAACGGAGAAUAUGUCCUACAUCGCCGCUCCUCAACCCUGUCCAGGUCAUCUGUUCACGACCGACUGCUGCGGACUGAGAGUAUCAAGACAUCCGACAGCCGGGCCGGACAAGGACGCCACAGCCAAACAGUAUACAUGAUCAACGAGGACCUGACCAUUGCCAUUGCUGGGUUCCGCACUAGCCAGAUCAGAUUUGCGGCCUAUGUAUUCUUGUGUGUUUGCACCCUUGGACUCGGUUGGCUCCUCCUGAGGUGGCUCCCCAGAUGGUAUGUGCGGGUCUUAGGACGCGCAUGUCCUUUGAGCGACUGCGACUGGGUUGUUAUCGAGAACCAAUGGGGUGAAGUCACAAUCAUGAACGUUGAGAAGAAGCUAUAUGGCAGACCAAUGUCUACCGUGUUCGGCACCACCGAGAAACAGUACUUGCUGGAUGAUGAUCACGACCCCGUCAUCACCGAACUGAGAAUGCUCAAUUACCGCUACGUCCGCUUGUUCUUCAACCAACAGAAGGAUAAAUUCAUUCUCUUCGCUGGCUGGAAGGACCCUAACUGGACUGAUAUCCGGGCUGUUCGCUCGGGUCUCGAUAUCGACGAGAAGCACGUGCGGGAAGUUGUUUUUGGUAACAACGACAUUGACAUUGAGCAAAAGUCCAUACCACAACUCCUGGUUGACGAGGUGUUCCAUCCGUUUUAUGUUUUCCAGAUCGCUAGUCUUCUUCUCUGGUCUUUCGACGAAUAUUACUACUAUGCUUUUGCUAUCUUUGUCAUGUCGUUUGGCAGCAUUACAAGCACCCUUGUCGAAACUCGAGCAACGAUGCGUCGAUUGCGCGAAAUAUCACGAUUCGAGUGCGAUGUUAGAGUUCUCCGGAAUGGAUUCUGGCGUUAUGUGCCCUCCACCGAGCUGGUCCCCGGGGACGUGUAUGAAGUCAGCGAUCCACACCUAACCCAGUUUCCCAGUGACGGCUUGCUUCUCAGCGGAGACUGCAUCGUCAAUGAGAGCAUGCUCACCGGGGAGUCUGUACCUGUAUCCAAGUCGCCUGCUACAGACGAGACUCUACAUAAAAUCAACCUAGGUGCCCCGACAGUCUCAGCCGAGACGGCAAAGCACUUCCUUUUCUGCGGGACGAAAAUCAUUCGCGCAAGACGGCCGCAAGAUGACCAAGGUGAGGAGGCUGCGGCUCUGGCCAUCGUCGUCCGAACUGGCUUCAGCACGACCAAAGGAUCACUGGUCCGGUCUAUGCUAUUUCCCAAACCAUCUGGUUUCAAGUUCUACCGCGAUUCUUUCCGCUACGUCGGGGUGAUGGCCCUAGUUGCGAUUCUGGGAUUUAUCGUGUCGUUGGUAAACUUCAUACGCCUGGAUCUCGCCUGGCAUCUCAUCGUUGUGCGGGCACUAGAUGUCAUUACAAUUGCCGUCCCCCCGGCUUUGCCUGCGACUCUCAGCAUAGGAACCAGCUUCGCACUUUCGCGACUCAAAAAGAAGCAGAUCUUCUGUAUCAGUCCGCAGAGAGUUAACGUUGGCGGUAAACUUGAUAUCAUGUGCUUCGACAAGACUGGUACCCUGACGGAGGAUGGCCUGGACAUACUUGGUGUCCGAGUGGCAUCUGGAGGGCGUUUUCACGACAUCAUAGAAGACGCUUCAUCGCUAUACCGGGCUGUGCAUGAGAGCCUGCAGAGCAACUUUGCAGCAGCUUUAUACACGAUGGCCACUUGUCAUUCCCUGCGUUCGGUGGACAACGAGCAUGUUGGCGAUCCACUUGAGCUCAAGAUGGUCGAGUUUAGCGGUUGGUCCUUCGAAGAACGAGAUCACACUGCAAUCGGCCAAGAUGGAGAUGACCAGGGCGGACUUUCGCCGUCCGUUGCCCGACCUCCCACGGAGUUUGUUGAGUAUCUCCGUGGGGACGAACCAACAAAUGCGUCAAGAAAUCCCAUCGAGCUCGGCGUCUUGCGAAGUUUCGAAUUCGUCUCUCAGUUGCGGAGGGCGAGUGUGGUAGUCCGACAGUUUGGUCAGCAAGGAGGAGAUAUCUAUGUCAAAGGAGCCCCCGAGAGCAUGCGGGAUAUCUGCCGCACGGAGACUUUCCCGACCGACUACGAAGAGCAACUAUCAUAUUACACCCACAAGGGAUACCGUGUCAUUGCGUGCGCAACGCGUCACAUUCCAAAACUAAACUGGGUGAAAGUACAGAAGAUGAAGCGUGAAGAGGUCGAGUCUGGCCUGGAUUUUGUUGGCUUCAUCAUUUUCGAGAACAAGCUCAAGCCCACGACCACUGGUGUGCUUCAAGAGCUCCACGACUCCAACAUUGGGGUAGUCAUGUGUACCGGAGAUAACAUCCUGACUGCCAUCAGUGUCGGAAGGGAGUGUCGCUUGAUCAACCCGACGGCCCAUUGCUUCGUGCCUCGUUUUGUAGAGGACGAACACGGCGACGGGGAGGUCCGGUUAGUCUGGGAAAGCAUAGACAACGGCGCUUUCAGAUUAGACGAGAAGACGUUAUUACCGCUCCCCCCUACGGCCGAUGCCGAUGCCUCGCUACCCUACGACAUCAGCAACCUACGGAAUUAUUCCGUUGCCGUCAGCGGAGAUGCAUUCCGCUGGAUGGUGGACUACGCAGAGCCCGAGGUUUUACACAGGAUGCUGGUGUGCGGCAAGAUUUAUGCGCGGAUGUCUCCCGAUGAAAAACAUGCCUUGGUGGAGAAACUACAGAGCAUAGACUAUUGCGUGGGCUUCUGUGGUGACGGCGCGAACGACUGCGGAGCUCUCAAAGCUGCGGACGUUGGAAUUUCGCUGUCCGAAGCUGAAGCAUCCGUGGCAGCCCCUUUCACUAGCCGCAACUUCGACAUUUCAUGUUGCCCUGAAGUUAUACGGGAGGGCCGCGCCGCUCUAGUCACCAGCUUCAGCUGCUUCAAGUAUAUGAGUCUCUACUCCGCGAUCCAGUUUACGUCGGUCAGCUUUCUCUAUACUAGAGCGUCCAACCUUGGCGACUUCCAGUUCCUCUUUAUUGACCUUCUUCUGAUCUUACCCAUCGCUAUAUUCAUGAGUUGGUCAGGACCGUUUCCCGUGCUGUUCCGGAAGGGGCCAACAGCGAGACUCGUCUCUCGCAAGGUUCUUAUACCGCUCCUUGGCCAUAUGGUGAUCUGCAUUGCCGUUCAGGCAAUUGUCUAUAUCGCAGUGAAAAGGCAGCCUUGGUAUAUACCGCCCAAGGUCGGCCAUGAUAAGUCGAACAUUAAGAAUUCGCAGAACACAGUCCUCUUUUUGGUGUCGUGUUUCGAGUACAUUCUUGCAGGAGUCGUUCUCAAUGCAGGCCACCCCUUCCGACAGAAGGUAGUGCGCAAUUGGCCUUUCAUGGCAGCAGUGGGCCUCACUCUGCUGGGGACAUUGUACAUGAUCCUAGCUCCGGCAAAAUGGGUGCAGCGUUUGAUGCAACUCACAAAGACACCCUGGGAUUUCAAGCUCUUCAUGAUCGCUCUUGGCGGGAUUUAUCUUGUUGUCGCAUGGUCGUCGGAAAAGUUCAUCUUCCCUCGGCUGGCACGGUUGGCGGGGCAUUUCAAAGAGACAAUGUUGAGGCGGCCCAAACAGCGAAAGACGUACAAGUUGAUUCAGGAGAAGAUGCGUCUAUAGAAGCAUUCUUAGAGCUGUACGAAAGCAUAUCGCAGCGUGGUCUGGCAAUGGCGUUCGGGCGCUUCAAGGCAGGCUCAGGGGUAGGUAGAGAUGAGGGUUGAAUGUGCGAUUUUGAUUAAGGUGGUAAGGAUUGCGGCUCCAUGAUGGAUCUGGAUGAUACACAGUUGUCAGUUUAUUCCAAACAUGGCGAUGAAUUCAGGAGCCUCGAAUUGAGAAGCGCGGCACUAUCACUCUAACUUGUGAAUACCAUCCUCAAGAUGCAUGUCCCAGAAAGGGGACAUGGCUCCAGUACCUUAUAGGGUACCCAUCAUCCGUCUUUACAUAUCUUUGCAUACGUAACAUGUUACAAGUAGACUGUAACAGCAAGCGUAGAGCAUGAAUGUCACAGGAAUCGAAACGUCAGGAA